AUGUCACUGUUGCUAAGGCCUUCCAUCCACGCCUUGGCAACUAGGCUGAGGAGCAGAAAAACGGUUAAAGUGUACUCUUACUCAGACACGCCUCAAUUUGUCUGGGGUCUUGGGGAUCACACCAACGUCCGGCUGGGGCCUGUGUCCGUCUCUAAGACACAACAGUCUGUGGCUCCGUUUGCACUCGGAGCGGGUGGAGCCAAAUUUGCAGCGAAGACGACCUCACCGAUUACGAAGGCGUGUAGCCAUCAUGUCGCCCAGUUACCAGACCAAGCCAUGGUGCAGAGACACUCCUUUAAAAGG